AUGAAGCUAAAAAGGAAGGUACGACUCGAAGACGGUACUGACGGGUCAGAUAUUUUCGAGGUCCUCGCUUGUCCUAGCCAAAUGUUUGAGGCCGUAGGAAUGCCCUUCAUGAUGUACAAGGGACUAAUACCCCGUAGGCCUAAUAUUGUAGUAGAGGUGGCUGGUGCAGCAGGGGUGGCAGCGUUGGGCGCAACUAUUUUAAACACAGAUUUAAACGCUCUUGAACAGGACAAAAUCCAAGAAAACUUGAAUCAAUUGGCCUGGGAAACACGAACACGGCCCUUCCCUUAG